CACCUUAUACAUUACGCACACAGCAUCGCAGCGCAGUUGCGCUUUGCGUUGAUUUCGUUGUUGUUAUUUUUUUUGGCCGAGCGAGAAGAGGUGCAUCGGCACGCCGACUGCAGCAGUGCCUACGGAGCAGAACGCGAUCGACUCGCGACCUUCGUAACAGAGCGCACGUAUAAAGUCUCGGAGCGCGUCUUGGUCGCGGAUAUGCAGUUGGUUCGGUCGUAGUGUCCCGCGUGCACGAUAUCGCGCGAGCUCCCCAAGCCGACAUCUCGAUGACAACUGCACACCUGCAGGUAGCUGCGACUGGCCUUGGACGAGCGCCUCCAAUUAGACGAAAUCGCGCAGACUCUAAUUAGAAGUCCAACUUAACUUGCAGUUAUCCGAGUGAGUUCACGCGAGUGCAGUUUCUGUUCUCCGACUGCAUGUGUUGCUAAUAAGGACUCGCGCAGAGGAGUAGCUGCAUAAAGGAUAAAAAUAAAUAGUUGCUGCGAUAUCGUUGGCUGCGAGCGACGAAAAUUUGCAACAUGUCGACAACGAUGACGACGAGGGGUCUGGCACUGCUCGUUGGCCUGCUGUUGAUCGAUGGAACAGCCGCUCGUGAAUCCGACUACUGUUACUCCUACGAAAGCUACCCCUACGUUUCUAUGGCCACGAAAACGGCCUACCAAUUCGCCCAUGGCAAAGCGAGGUUGCAGCCGGUGCCAUCCUGCACGCCCAUUCAGAUCUGGAUUUUGGCGAGACACGGGACUCGAUACCCCGACAGCGUGGACAUCGGCAGGCUCGUUUCCCUCUCGAAGCUUCGUGACCAGAUCCUCUACAAUCACGAAACCCGCGGCCAUGGUAGAUUGUGCGACCAAGACCUGCAGCGGCUGCGCAAUUGGAGGCCGAAUCCCAACAUCAUCGAGUUCAAUGCCGAUCUGCUGACCGAGCAAGGCAACGAAGACAUGAGAUUGCUCGCCAAGAGACUCCAGAGCUAUUUUCCCGAAUUGCUCAGGACUAAUUCGUACAGCGUCAGUUAUCAGUCUUUCAAGUUUCGAUCGACGGCGACGCAACGAACCCAGGCUAGCAUGGAGGCCUUCAUGGAGGGCCUCUUUGGCCGGGUUAAUGUCAUACCACCCGAAGCCAUACCCAAUCCAGACAAUCUUCUCAGGGCUUACAAGCAAUGCCCAGCUUGGCUGCGAGGCUCCGACAUCGACGACGAUGAAACUUCCGAAAAAUUCAAGUUCGUUUCGGGACCUGAAUACCAAAAUCUCCUCAACAACGUCAGCAGUAGGCUAGGCUUUGCUUACGCAAUACACAAUGAUUCGAUACAGCUGAUGUACGACAUGUGUCGCUAUGACAAAGCCUGGAACAUCGCCGAACUAUCGCCCUGGUGCUCCGUCUUCAGCAAACAAGAGCUCAUGAUCCUCGAGUACACCGAAGACUUGGAAGAGUACUACAAGUCCGGUCCUGGGCGCGAGGUCAAUUCUAAGCUCGGCUGUCCGCUUUUGAACGAUAUGUUCGAUCACUUCAAAAAUUUGGAGCGCGGCAACUUUAAUAACGAGCCCAGGGGAAUAUUCUAUUUUGCGCACUCGACUACACUGCUGAAUCUGCUGUCUUCUUUGGACAUCAGGAAGGACACGACACCGCUGCUGUCCCACAAUUACCACUCGAUGGAAAGGCGACGCUUCAAAACUUCGGAGAUUGACGCGUUUGCCUCGAAUCUCGUCGUGGUUUUCUACAGAUGCAGCGAGCUGCAGCCCAACAAAGUCAUGUUCUUCCUGAACGAGCAACCGGUCUAUCUAGACGGCUGCAGCGUUGGACUUUGCGAUUGGGAAUACCUCAAGGGUCGAUUUGGCCGCGAGGCCGACAAGUGCAAUCUCGAUUUCUGCUACAACGUCGCUUCCUCGUCCUUCUCAACUCUGCGAGUCGUCUACUCCACGAUCGGCCUCGUCCUGUCCAUGAGAUUUUUAGGAGCUCUGUGAUGUGUGAUCGAUUACGCGUCAUUACUCAUUGUUGUGAAUAUCAAUUACAAGUGUCUGUUUGUGCACUCGAUGAAUGUUAUUGCAACCGAUACCUUUUGUACAUAUGAAGAAUGAAAAGUGUUAUUGCUACUUCAAUUUUAACGCAACAAUGUAAGAUAUGUUUUGCGAAAUUUUGGAUUGAACUUUGAGCUUUUAAAUAGUCAAUAUUAACUUUCAUACGCGAUUGAUUCUAUCCGUUAAAAAAAUACUUUACAGCGAUUUAAAACAAUUAGUUCUUAAUUUUUAUUAAAAACGCAAGCAAGAGUGCUGCAAGUGAACAUUUGAAAGUUAACUUUUUCUAGUUGGAUACAUAAAAAUAGCUAAAUACAUUGUUAUAAUAUUAUAGACCUUCAAUACUAAGCAUUUGAUAUAUUUGAGCUACCUGUCAUAUUAUCUUAAGUUAUCGAUUAGGUUAAUUUUAUUUUAUCAGGUUUAAUGGCGUUCGAUGGUUCCUUGUCUACAGUCACUACCUCAGGCUAAGCAUAAGAUCAACUGUAAGUACUUGAGUUACUAAUGGGUUACUAAUAAUAAUUUUAUGCAUAAAAGCUGAUGAAGUUGAUCUCAUUCUGAGCUUGAGGCUGCGCGCGUUCGUGUCCAAAGACCCACUGAAAAAAAAUGAGACCACUUGAAACCAAAUUGACCAAUACAAUGAAUUGGAGACAUAACAGGUAGUUUAAGAAUAUAUCAAGUGCUAAGCCCUCUGAGUCUAAUUUUCAUGUACCUUCUGGACAAAAUUAGAUUUUUUAAUGAACUCUUAAAAAAAGCUAUUAUGCCUGUUUCACAAAAAACUUUUUUUUUAUUUUGCAGCCCAAUGAUGUUGAUAGCAAAAUAUGAAAAAUAUAAGCUUUUUAUUGACUCUUCAAUUUCUAAACCAAUGCAAUUAAUAUUAAACAAUUAUGAACCAAGAAUCAUUAAUUAAUCGGGCGUAUCUUUGCGUUGCCAUACUAUUAAUUUUCAUAAGAUAAAAUAUUAUCGUUGAAAUAGAUUAACGCACUUAAGUCUCUAUCAACUAUAAGAUUAUAAUAAUUUGUAUUAUACAUGUCUAUACUACUCCGUACAAUAAUAAACAGUUGUAAGAUAAUACUAGUCAUCUAGUAUUAUCUAGAAGCGCUUGGUGUUAUCUUGCCAACACUUGUAACGUU